GGGAAAAACGAGAUAUUUUUAUAUCGUAUUGAAAAUAUAUACUUUUAUUUAUGUAACAUUACUUGAAAUAAUUUACACCUUGAUGAAAUCAAUUCACUGACAGUAGUCAUUAUUUGUGUUGUCUUCUUGUAGGACGCUACAAUAUACAGGCACAACAACAAAAGAUGUGUAAUUUAAUUUGUCGUGGUAUAUAUUGUUGGCGAUGUUCGUAAAUAUGAAUGAGGAUGACUUGAGUUAGAGGACAUUUUUGGCGGGUGGUAGUUCAGUUGGUUUCGUGUGAUGGUAGUUGCAUUUUUUCGUCGUGUAUUUUAUGCCAGUGUGAAUGAUACAGUGUAUCGUUUGAUGAUACAGUUUUGGUGAGGUACUGUAUCACUUGAUACAGUUUCGGUGAGCUACAUUCUAGUGAGUGUUUGGUGGGUAAUCAAUCAUUGAGGACAAUGUACACUUACGCGGGAGGAGGAGGGGGUCCGCCGCCUCACUACAGCACUCCGCCUACAUAUUUGCCGCCCCAGGUGCCUCCAAUGGGCGUGGGGGUAGGAGCACUUUUGCCCCCCAUGGGGGCGGGGGGAUCGCUUUCGCCACCCCCUUCGUCGCAUCAUAACGCCAAACGUAGGAGAUCUGAUGAGGACGACCCCAGUGGUAGCAAGUAUCCGCGAAUGGAGGAUGAAAGUUUACAAGACAAGGAGAGGUUCGCCAGCAGGGAGAACCACUGCGAGAUCGAGCGCCGGCGGAGAAACAAGAUGACCGCCUACAUCACAGAGCUAUCCGACAUGGUCCCCACGUGCAGCGCCCUCGCGCGCAAACCCGACAAACUCACCAUUCUGCGCAUGGCUGUUGCGCAUAUGAAGGCACUCAGAGGCACGGGGAACACGAGUUCGGAUGGUACGUAUAAGCCUUCGUUCCUGACCGACCAGGAGCUGAAACACCUGAUUCUGGAGGCAGCUGACGGCUUCCUGUUUGUGGUGACCUGCGACACGGGCCGCAUCAUCUAUGUCUCCGACUCUGUCAGUCCUGUGCUCAAUCACUCCCAGGCGGAAUGGUUCGGCUCGUGUAUCUACGAGCACUUGCACCCUGAGGAUGUGGAGAAGGUGCGCGAGCAGCUGUCCACGCAGGAGCCACAGAACUCGGGCCGCAUACUCGACCUCAAAACAGGCACUGUCAAGAAGGAGGGCCAUCAGUCGUCGAUGCGGCUGUGCAUGGGCUCGCGACGCGGCUUCAUCUGCCGCAUGAAGAUCGGCCAGGUGGGUGCAGACAGCAUGGUGGCCGGCCACCUGAACCGCCUCAAGCAGCGCAAUUCGCUCGGCCCGGGACCCAGCCGCGACGGCCACAACUACGCCGUCAUCCACUGCACCGGAUACAUCAAGAACUGGCCGCCCACCGGUCAGUUUGCCACCGACGGCCUGCCGUUGUCUGGUGUGCAAAUGGAGCGUGCCGUGGAGGAGGAUGGUUCACACUGUUGCUUGGUUGCCAUUGGCCGGCUGCAGGUCACAUCCACGCCCAACACAAGCGACCUAUCCUCUUCUAACAAUAAUGCUGAGUUCAUCUCGCGACACUCGAUGGACGGCAAGUUCACGUUUGUGGACCAGCGCGUGAUUGGCCUGCUCGGCUACGCGCCACCCGAGCUGCUCUCCAAGUCCUGCUUCGACUUCUUUCACCCCGAGGACCAGACGCACAUGAAGGAGAGCUUCGAACAAGUGCUGAAACUGAAGGGGCAGGUGAUGUCGGUGAUGUACCGGUUCCGUGCCAAGAACCGCGAGUGGGUGUGGCUGCGUACUUCGGCCUUCGCCUUCCUCAACCCCUACACCGACGAGGUCGAGUAUAUUGUUUGCACCAACACCACUGCCAAGUCGUUGCACUCACCACCUGGGGGCGGCAGCCAAGACCAUCCGCCUCCGCCGCCCCAGCCGCCUCCGCAGCACCACCCCCAGGAGACUGCCACCAACACGCCGCCGCAUCAGGACGCCUAUCAGCCAGGUGUGGACUACAGUGUAAGCCCCCAACAGGCAACCGGCCGCUACAUGGGGGGCCCAGCCGCGGGGGCGCACAGGGGGGCUCAGCUGUACGGGGGUGCGGCAGCAGGGGGCUACGAACCACCCCCGCCCGCCCCCUCGCCCAUAUACGGGGGCAGCACCCAGUCGCCGCGUGCCGCCUCCAAGGGACCCACCACAUCGCCGCAGCCUGCCUGGACGCUCAGACAGCCGGUGAGCGAGAGCGGAGCAUACCAGCAGCAGCAACAGUAUCAGCCGCCAGGAGGAGGUGGUGGGGGUGGGGUGAGCCCUUCCAGGUCACCCACCUACACACAGCUGAGUGGGGCCACAGCCAGGCCUCCACCCACUCACCCACUCUACCACGCACAGCCACCGCCCGGCAUGUGGUCAUGGCAGGGCGCUAGUCAAACGGCAGACGGCGGGGCGGGAGGGGGCGGAGGCCCACCACCGCCGGGAGGGGGGGCGCACCCCCACCCUCACCCUCAUCCGCACCCUCAUCCGCACCCUCAUCCCCCCCAGCAGCAGGAGUUGUCCGACAUGAUGAUGCAGAUGCUCGACCACGGGGCGGCCACCUCCUUCGAGGAUCUCAACAUGUUCAACACCACUUUCGAGUGAUCAAGUGAAUGAAGGUGAAAGUCGGUCGGCCACGUAACACUAAGCAAACCCUGUUUUCAUGAAACCUAUCCUCAUCUUGUUUUACUAUUAAAAUAUGUUAAGCAAUGCAGGUUAAUCACAACAAACCUAACGUGAUUUUGUAUCUUAUAAAACAGGAGAGUCACAGUAUAAUCAGGGUGUCCGUCCACGGGGCGGGAAAACCGGGAGUUAUACGUUUGUGUGAGAAAUAUACGGAAAUUUUGUCGAGAUACGGGAUUAAUGAUACUUGCGAAUUCAUGAAUUUUGAUGUCCAGUGAUAGCCAGUCCAAGAUACUGGGACUUGAGAUACUGAAGAAUGUAGCUGAAAAUGUUAUAAUAACUCCCUUCAAUACUGGAAAGAAACAGGAAAUAAAUUAUAGUAUGAAUUUUAUUUUAUAUAAAUAAAAUAGGUUAUAAGUAUCAUACUUUGAAUGUAUAUGAUCAUUUUUUCGGCUGUUUUCUAAAAUUCUUCAUUCUGGUCAAAUGAGAAUUACUCGGGUUAGACAAUCUUUUGGUUUCAGUUCAAGAAAUUAUUUGAUCGAUUAGAGAUAGAAACGAAUGGCUGUUCAUUCUUAGUGGAGAAAUACUUCAUUUGUGAAGCAUAGCUCUGUUGUACGAGCUGUAUAUUAUUUUCAUAAACCAUACUGUAUCAGUUUCCAACUCCCUUCACAGUAUCUGAAUUAUUUCAGAAAGAAUAAAUUAACAUUUCUAUUUAUUAUUUUAUUGUUACAGGGUAGUGUUUCAUGAAACAGGAUCCCGGUUGAGAAAAUAAAUUACUGAAUAAAUAUUAGACUACCGUAUUGAAAAAGCUGCACAUAUCAGCACAUCAUGGACCUUUUUCAGAAGGAUUUUCGCUUUUUAAUCAAGUGCUUGUGUGAGAAUGAGUGUUGUUAGUGUGUAUCGCGCAAGCGCACGCGUUCGAGUGCCAUUGGGCGAGCGAAGUGAGUCUGAAAUGACGAAAUAAAUAAAUUGUGUUGCCAUCUGUAGUAGAUGAAUAAUGAAACUAGUGAAUGAAUAAUAAUGAACAGUAUCGAAACUUUAAAGACCCUCCAUAGUUAGCGUGAAUGGUGUUUUAUAAUUAAGCAAUUUUUUAAUAAUAUGAUAUCGAAGAUUGAUCGUUAUUAAGUACUAUAGCAAUUGUCGGAAUUUAACGGCUUGUAUUGAUGAGAUGGUUGUACGAAUUUGAUCCGUGGUUUUCAAUGAAUUUGUGCUCUGCUGUCAUAAAGAGAAUAGGUACCACUGGUUCUUAUGGCAGUGUUCAUACAUUGUCAGACUGCUAAUGUGUGAACCCUCCCAUAAGAACCAAUAGUAUUUUCUGGCAGGAAUUCGUCGGAAACCAGUGCUUUACCGGUUGAUUAAACUCUUAUGUAGACCGGUUUAAACAGUCUACAAAAAUGAACGAUUAGUAUACAAUAUUUUAAAGAUAAUAAAAUUGAGUAUGAAUGUAACUUGAUAAAGUUAUUACUUUGUGUAUAGAGUGUGAGACAAAGGAGCAUUCCAAGAGAAAAAUGAAUUUAUUUUAUAUAUUAUAAAUAGACUAGCCGUGAUUUUGUGAUUAAUAAACUCAUGCUUAGUACAGCCUUUUAAACCAUGUAUUGUUUGUAAAUGGUUCACAAACUGAUUGGUUUCUUGUAGACUUACAUAAAACGUUUUAAAAUGUUGUGAAUUUGUUUUAUAAUUUAUUUUUGUCAAUUAGGAGUGCUGUUGGUUGUAUUUAUUAUGUUCAUUGCUCAGUAAACACUUGAACAUUGUUUAGAAGCCUUGUAGUAAUAUUUAAUAACCACACUAACCUGUGGAUGGCUGCUUGCGAUUUUUUAAACUUUAGAAUUUUCUCCUAUCAACCUCUGAAAAAUAUAGUGUAAUACUUUUCAAUCAACUUGGCAGCCGUUUGGUUCAGCCUAUCCUCACUCACGUUAUCUGAAUUGGGUUUGCUUCUCUCUGAAUGCAUGAAAUGGCGAAAUACGUUCUGCUCGAUUUUUGCUGGCUUGUAUUUUCUUGUACCUAUCUUACAAAUUCAAGAGUAUUGACAAUUGUUAGUACCUAAUCUUACUAUGUAUAUAGCUUGGUUUUUGGUUUUCCCGAAACCUAUAUGGGAUACCAUAUAAUUUUCAUAGAAUUUGAUUUUUCUUGUAUAUAACAUUUUUGGUAAAAUCACUUCAUUUGUAUGGGCUACUUUUUUUUAAUUAUUUAAAACCAAUAUAAAAACAUGAAGCACCCUUUUAUUUAAAAUAUUCCAAAAAACUCAAGUUGUUUUUAUCCAUGUAAUAAAAACAACUCAAGUUGUUUGAAAUAUUUUAAAUAAAAUGGUACUUUAUGUUUAUAUAUUGUGUUUUUUAACAUUCAAGAAUAGUUGUGAACGAGUUUUGUUUCAACAAAAUUAAAACAUAUUCGAAAUUGAAGCUUAUAAAUAAAUGAUUCUUUUAAUCCUAUGGCUUCUUCUAACUUGGAUUUUUUAGUUAUUUUUCAGUAUUCAUAGUCAGUGUAUGAGCUAGUUUCAUGAACAUUGAAUAUAAACUGUAACUACUAUAACUUUAUAUAUUUGUAGCUCUAAAAAUAUAUUAAGAAUUCUCAAUUAUUGUUUGAGUAUUCCAGAACAGUUUUAUUAGAAAUAUAGAAUGGUUAUAAAAUUGAUAGAGAUCCUACAACUGUAUUCAAGUUGUUGGAUUUUUAAUUACACGAGAAACAUCUCACUUUUAACCGUUCUUUUAUUGUACUAUCAUUGUAAGUUUUAUUUAAUUUCAUGAAAGGUCCCCAAUUGUCUCUUCAAUAACAGUAUUUUCUCAUUCAUUACACAUUAUUAUUAUUUUUCAAUUAUUCAUUUAUUACAUGAAUGCAUAAUAUAACACUUGAGAGAAAGAACAACAGGCUUGAGCUCAAAACUGUUCUUUUUCCAAUUUAUACAAUAACUAAGUCCAAAACGUUAUCUAAUAUUUUUCUUAUAAAUUGAAAUUUUUAAUCGAAAUAUUGAGAUUUCAUCAUUAAGAGCGGAACGAUUUGUGGCUGAAACUUCUAAUGUACAUUUCCUAGCAUAAAAAUCACGUUUUCAAUUACAAUUCAUCUAUUUAAAUGCUAUUUGAGAGCACGAAUUUGUUGUGAUAGCAGAAAUAUUUUUUAUUGUCUUGUACUUAUUGUUUUCACUGGCUUCACUUUCCUUUUCUAUGUUAUGUUGUGUUAUCAAACUUGUAAAUCUAUUAACUUAUCUUGUAGUGUGUGCGAGUAAAUGAGAUUGUUGUAUAAAAGGUGAAUGAUGACAUUUUAUAUUAUAAUAGAUUGUUUGCGAAUUAGUUAGUGUGGUUAUUAUUAAAGUAAAUUUUAUUUAA